GCAGUUAGCCAAGGGGGGAGGGGUGGAGUCCGAGCAUCAUAAAGCCCGGAGCCCUUGGUCGAUAGGCUGUGCUCCGUUGCAUCUCCGGGCCGCCUCUUCUGCCCAGACGCCCUCGGCUCUGCCCGCCACUGCCACCGCCAUGCCCACCCACCGGCUAGUGAUCGUACGCCACGGCGAGAGCACAUGGAACCAAGAGAACCGUUUCUGUGGCUGGUUUGAUGCAGAGCUGAGUGACAAGGGGAGGGAAGAGGCCCAGAAUGGGGCCCAGGCUAUUAAGGAAGCCGGCAUGGAGUUUGACAUCUGCUAUACCUCUGUGCUAAAGCGGGCCAUCCGCACCCUCUGGACCAUCCUGGAUGGUGUAGACCAGAUGUGGGUGCCCGUAGUGAGGACCUGGCGCCUCAACGAGCGCCACUACGGGGGUCUCACAGGCCUCAACAAAGCCGAGACUGCUGCCAAGCAUGGGGAAGAACAGGUCAAGAUCUGGAGACGCUCCUUUGACAUCCCACCCCCACCCAUGGACGAGAAUCAUCCCUACUACACAGUCAUCAGCAAGGAGCGGCGCUAUGCUGGCCUGAAGCCUGGGGAGAUGCCCACCUGUGAGAGCCUGAAGGAUACCAUUGCCAGAGCUCUGCCCUUCUGGAAUGAGCAGAUUGCUCCCCAGAUCAAGGCAGGGAAGAGGGUGCUCAUUGCUGCCCACGGCAACAGCUUACGGGGUAUCGUCAAGCAUCUAGAAGAUAGCAAAGAAGCUACUAACAAAGAAGCUACUUGUACGCAACAAGAAUACCUGAAGUUUUCGGUGAUGGCAUGCUCAGGUUAUGAACGCGCAUCAUUAGAGGUCAAGAGUGUUAAAAAGUCCCCAGGCACUGGCACAGGCACUGGCACAGGCACUGGCACUGGCACUGGCACUGGCACUGGCAUGUCAAAUGAGGCCAUUAUGGAACUCAACUUGCCCACCGGGAUCCCCAUCGUGUAUGAACUCGACGAGCAGCUGAAGCCCACGAAGCCCAUGCAGUUCCUUGGGGAUGAGGAAACGGUCCGAAAGGCCAUGGAGGCUGUGGCUGCCCAGGGCAAGGCCAAGUAAUAGCCUGGAAGCAAGCUCUGUACAAUAAAGUCAACCCCAUCAAUCUCCA